AUGCUUACCUUCCUACUCGAAAAAGUGACUAGAGCAAAUGACCAACAUCAGCCAUCAGGAGAAAGAAGAAAGAGUCUUACAUACACUUGUUUCCAUGCACGGUCCAUUCCGAGUAUUUCGAUACAUGCUUACUUGACACGUAUACUAAAAUACUGCCCUUGUGCGAAUGAAUGCUUUUUGGCUUUACUUGUCUACUUUGAUCGCAUGUCUAAAGUGACAUUGGGCAAACAAAAUACUGGAUUACGCAUUGAUUCCUAUAAUAUUCAUAGAUUGAUCAUCUCUGGCAUCAUGGUAGCAAGUAAGCUAUUCUCUGAUGUUUUUUUCACAAAUACUCGAUAUGCAAAGGUGGGUGGAUUGCCUGUAGCAGAGUUGAACACACUAGAGAUUGAGUUUUUGGCUCUCAACAACUUUUCUCUUUUUAUAUCAUUGGAAGAAUUACAGCAAUAUGGGGAUCAGUUAUUGACGCAUUGG